AUGCCUCCUCGGAAAGCUACCACAACAGCCAAGGCGGCAGCGCCCGCUCCGAAGAAGACAGCUGCUGCUGCUAAAGCAGACAAGGUCGCUCCGGCAAAGGCUGCUCCCGCAAAGGCGGCAUCGACAGCGACCAAGCGCAAGCGGGCGGCCGACGAUGAUGAGCCUGUACCCAAGACCAACGGCGUGAACGGUGUUGUCCAUGGCGACGCGAAGCCUGCGAAGAAGGCAAAGAAGGAGACCACACCUACGCCUCCUGCUGCCACCAAGAAGACUGCUGCUCCUCGCGCCAAGACGCCCGCUGCUGCUGCCGAUGCCGACAAGGAAAACUCCGCGCCCACGACCAACGGCGACAAAACCACCAAGAAGCGCGCCAAGUCGACCACGCCUGCACCGCCUGCGGCCAAGGCCAAGGUGGCCAAGGUGAGCGCUGCAGCGAAGCGCAAGGCGGAGGCCGAGAAGACGGCUGCUGAAGCCGAGGCGAAAGACAAGAAGGAGGAGGAGGAGGAGAAGGCGGCGGCGCCGGCCACCAAGAAGGCCAAGGCCCCCAAGGCCGCCACCACUGCCGCCGCCAUCAAGCCGGCCGACAAGAUCGGCGUCAAGAUCAACGACGCGCCCACCAAGCCGCUCGAGAUCUUUGUCUUUGGCGAGGGCAGCGCCGGCGAGCUCGGCCUGGGCGCCGUGGCCGUCAAUGGCAAGAAGCCCGUGGACGUCAAGCGCCCGCGCCUCAACGCCAACCUGGACCCCAGCAAGGUCGGCGUCGUCCAGGUGGCCACCGGCGGCAUGCACUCGGUCGUCCUCACCAAGGACAACAAGAUUCUGACGUGGGGCGUGAACGACCAGGGCGCCCUGGGCCGCGACACCACCUGGGACGGCGGCUUGCGUGAUGCCGACGCCGACGACGACGGCUCGGACAGCGACAGCGACGACGACGACACCGGCCUCAACCCCCACGAGAGCACGCCCGGCGAGAUCGACACGUCGGGCGUCGUGCCCGGUACCAAGUUCGUCCAGGUCGUCGCCAGCGACAGCGCCUCGUUUGCGCUGACGGAGGACGGCCGCGUCUACGGCUGGGGCACGUUCCGCGCCUCCGACGGCAUCCUGGGCUUCUCGCGCUUCGUGGACGUGCAGAAGACGCCUGUGCUGCUGCCGGAGCCCAAGAAGAUCAAGGCCCUGGCCACGGGCUCCAACCACAUCCUGGCUCUCGACGCCAAGGGCAAGCUCUUCACCUGGGGCUGCCCCGAGCAGAACCAGCUGGGCCGCCGCUGCGUCCAGCGCGACAUCAAGGAGUCUGCUCUGCGGCCCGGCGGUGUCGGUUUCAAGCGCGGCGUCCACAUCGCCAAGAUCGCGUGCGGCUCGUACCACAGCUUCGCGCUCGACCAAAAGGGCCAGGUCUACGCCUGGGGCCUCAACAACUUUGGCCAGCUGAACGUGGAGCAGGGCGCGGGCGACACGGACGCCACGGUCCUGAACGCCACCAUCAUCGAGGGCCUCGCGGGCCACCGCGUCGCCGACAUUGACGGCGGCGAGCACCACUCGGUCGCCUGCACGGCCGACGGCAAGCUCUUCACGUGGGGCCGCAUCGACGGCCACCAGCUGGGCUUUGCAAAGUCCUUUUUCAACGAGGCGAACGCCAUCUUUGACGAGUACGGCAAGCCGCGCAUCCUCAAGGCGCCGACGCUCGUGUCGGGCGCCCCCACCAACGUGGCAGCCGUCGACGCCGGCACCGACAACACCUUUGCGCUGACGCGCGACGGCAAGGUCUACUCGUGGGGCUUCUCGGGCAACUACCAGACGGGCCAGGGCACCAUCGACGACAUUGAGACGCCGACGCUGAUUGACAACACGGCCGUGCACGACAAGAAGCUGGUGUUUGCCGGUGCUGGUGGCCAGUUCUCCAUACUGGCCAGCGUGGCGGAAUAA